GUACGCUCCAACCAACUUAACCGGAGACGCCUCUGCCCGCCCCUUCCGUCCAUCUCGGCUCCCCUCCCCUCUCAGAUGAGCUCAGUCCUCACUCCACGUCCGCGUCUCCUGCUGACUCCUCCUCCCCCUCGCCCGGUUCCUCGGAUCAUCAUCCUCACCCUCCCAUCCAUGGCUUCUCCAAGGGCAGUGAUUGAUUGAUUAGGAGGAGAGGGGAAGAAACAGAUACAGAGGGGAGGGCGGAUGUCGAUGGAGAUCGAGGAGGAGGACUCCGGCGAGACGGCGCCGGAGAUGGAGGCGCCCGGCGUGAGCACGGUGGCCAUCGCGGUGAGCGGGAGCAGGAGCAGCAGGCACGCGCUCAAGUGGGCCCUCGACAAGUUCGUGCCCGGCGGGAGGGUCCUCUUCCGGAUCCUGCACGUCCGCCCGCCCAUCACCAUGGUGCCCACUCCCAUGGGCAAUUACCUCCCGGUCUCGCAAGUGCGCGACGACGUAACAUCAGCGUACAGGGAAGAGCUGGAAUGGCAAGCAAGGAAUAUGUUGCUCCCAUACAAGAAGAUGUGUGCUCAGAGACAGGUGGAAGCUGAAGCUGUUUUACUUGAAUCUGACGAUGUGCCUGCUGCUAUAAGCGAGGAAAUCGACAAAUUCAACAUUGGCAAGCUGGUCCUGGGCUCUUCGUCGAGAAGCAUAUUCCGAAGGAAGCUCAAAGGAAGCAAGACUGCAACCAAAAUCUCCGAAUGCAUUCCAAGCUUCUGUACAGCAUACGUCGUCUCAAAGGGCAAACUGUCAUUCGUGCGCUCGGCUACAUCUGAUGCCUGCGAAACACCCAAGACCAUAUCUUCUUCAACCGUUUCUUCUCCUAGCUCCAAAAGCCUUUCCAGUGCGCCCUCAGCAGAGUGGGAUGACAGAAAUGGAACAGCAGCUGUAUUAUUCCGCCAGUCAUCUCUGUCAUCGCAGCGUGAUCACGCACUCGCAAAUAUAAACAGGUCGGCCAGCAGGGGAGCUACCCCUUCAGGCAGUGCUGGCAGCGAGAUCUCUUACCAUGCUGAUACAACCCUGAAGACAAAUUCACACUCAAUCACAUCAGUAGCGCAGCUCAGUAGCAGCAGCAGCAGUGGGGAUUCAGUUUACAGGAGCUUCCGAGGAGAUAGCUUCCGAGAUAUCUCUGAUCUGCAGGCAGCAGUUUCAGAAACUGCAACAGACCUGAAGCAUUCUCAUGACCAGGAUGAUCUGAAGCUUCAAAUUGAGAGUAUGAAGGUCAAACUGCGUCAUCUUCAGAAUCUUCAUGAUGUUUCUCAGAAUGAGCCGGUUGACUCCACUCAGAAAUUACCCAACGACUUGGGCAUCCGGCGUGUCGAGGACGGAAUUAAGCUUAGAGAGAUUGACCUGACAGAAGAGAUGGUGAAGAGAUUGGUAAGACAAAUGGAAAGAGAAGAAGAGCAGGUGGCCGAAAGAGAAGCUCAGCCUAAACAAAGCUCUUCUGAACAGGACAGUAAUGGUGAUCACCAAAAUUCUAGUGACCUCGAAACAGGACGGAAAAAUACUGGGCGAUGUCUUACAGAGUAUAAUAGGUACUCAUGGGAGCAUAUCCAGGCAGCGACUUCAUCAUUUUCAAGCGAUCUUGUGAUCGGUAAGGGAACAUAUGGGACCGUCUACAAGGCUAAGUUUCAGCAUACAGUUGCAGCAGUGAAAGUUUUGAACUCCCUUGAAGGUUUUGGAACUCAGCAGUUACAGCAGGAGCUGGAGGUCCUGGGCAAGAUCCGGCACCCUCACCUGCUGCUGCUGCUGGGCGCGUGCCCGGAGCGCGGCUGCGUGGUGUACGAGUACAUGGAGAAUGGCAGCCUGGACGACGCGCUCAACCACCGCCGGAACGGCAUGCCGCCGCUCGCCUGGUACGACCGCAUCCGGGUCGCCUGGGAGGUGGCCACCGCCGUCGCCUUCCUCCACAGCGCCAGGCCGGACCCCAUCAUCCACCGCGACCUCAAGCCGGCCAACAUCCUGCUCGACCGGAACCUCUCCAGCAAGGUCGGCGAUGUCGGCCUCUCGACGGCGCUGCUCCACCACUCGGGCGCCGGAGGUGGAGGAGGCCAGCAGCAGUCCACGAUGGUGAGGAACACGACGCCCGUGGGCACGUUCUGCUACAUCGACCCGGAGUACCAGCGGACGGGCGCCGUGUCGGCCAAGUCAGACGUGUACGCGCUCGGCGUGGUAGUGCUGCAGCUGCUCACGGGGCGGACGUCGCCGCUCGGGCUCGCCCACGCCGUGGAGACCGCACUGGAGGAAGACGGCGGUGACUCCUUCGCGGAGAUGCUGGACGCAACCGCCGGGCAGUGGCCGCCAGAGGAGGCUAGGGAGCUGGCCGCACUUGCGCUGCGGUGCGCAGAGAUGCGACGCAGGGACCGGCCCGGGCUGCACGAGCACAUCCUCCCGGCGCUGGAGCGGAUCAAGGACAUCGCUGCCAGAGCCGCCAGGGAGACGAAGGCCCUUCUCCGGACAGCAUCAUCGUCAGCAGCCCCAGGCCACUUCCUCUGCCCCAUUCUUCAGGAAAUCAUGGAGGACCCAUGCGUCGCCGCCGAUGGGUACACCUACGACCGGAAGGCGAUCGAGACAUGGGUGAGCAUGAAGGACAAGUCGCCCAUGACCAACCUCCGGCUGCCGAGCAAGAGCCUCAUCCCCAACCACUCGCUCCGGUCGGCCAUCAUGGACUGGAGCUCCAAGAACAGAUGAUGAUGCACGCAAUGUUAGAUAGACCUUGUGCAGAAAUAGUCUUGGGAAAUAUAGCUUUUGUGUUGUGUUGUGUUCUGUAGGUACACUGAAAUGUGCAUGUGAUUCCUCAAAAGAAUAUCAAAAUGUGAAUAAACAAAAAAAAUGCUCUUAUCAUUUG